CUUAUCCAAUUUCAAAACUGUUUACAUACGCAAAGAAUGCAUCUUUAAAUCGGCCACCGUAACGACACAAUGACUUCUAAAGGACUCUCUGCAAAUCAUUUAUCUUUUUUUAUGUUUUUGGUUUUGGAAACUUGACAAGUAUUUUCAGUAACGCGCCGUUGAUUGUGAGUUCCACGCCGAUACGGCGUCCAUAAAGAGCGUAAUUUGCGAAAACCCACGGGCAACACCACAUCAUUAUUUUCCGUGUUACAAAUGGCGGACGUGGAGAUGAACGCAGUGAAAAUGCUGUUGGUAUAGUGUAGGUCAGUGAAUGGUUUUCACUAAAUUAGGCCUAAUUGAAAGAGAACAGAAGAAGUUCGGCAUUGAUUGAUCUUAGAAACUAACACGGACCAAGUUUGCCUGUCAAGGUUACAAGGGGACAACAUGAAACUAUCUACAGCAAUAUGGCUUGUUUUAUUUCUCUGUGUGUCGGAAAGACUGUGUAUUGUCAGAUCUGAACGAAGCUCACGCAGUAUUAAAGGGGAAGAGUCUUUUAAGCUGUUGUCGAGUAUCGUCAAGGAAGGAGGCCAAAGGGGAUUGCAGGAAUGUGAAAAUCAGUUCAAGAACGAGAUCUGGAACUGCACGGUGAACAAUAAAGCAAUUUUCAGAGAGUUGCCCAUCUUCGUUAAAACAACUCUACCGUAUGCCACUCGAGAGACCGCAUUUAUCCACGCCAUUAGCUCAGCCGCCAUUACACACGAAAUCACGUUUCAGUGCCGACAGGGAAAAAUUCCCGGAUGCACGUGCGCCAUAGUCAAGAAGCAGCGACGGGUGACCACUGAUGAUUGGCAGUGGGGAGGGUGCAGUGAUGACGUCAGAUUUGGAGAGAGGGAGACAAGGCGCUUCAUCGAUAGACUGGAAAACGGAAAUGAUGCCCGAACGGCUUUUAAUCUUCACAAUAAUGAAGUAGGAAGAAAGAUUGUUCGCUCGAGUUUAAAAAAGGAAUGCAAAUGUCAUGGAGUCACAGGAAGCUGCAGUAUGAAAACGUGUUGGAGACGGUUGGCGAAUUUCAACGAUGUUGGAUCAAAAUUGAAGGAGAUUUAUUUCACAGCCACACAGGUUUCAUUUAAAAACAACAAACUACAAGAACGAAUCAACAAGAAGACAAGAGCUGGACCCAAAAGAGAAAGAAAGUUGGUCUAUCUCGACUCGUCCCCAGAUUAUUGCGUGCGGAACGACAGUGUAGGGGCCCCAGGAAUGUUGGGAAGAACAUGCAGAAGCGACGAAGUGUCCACGACCAAAUGUAAAUCGCUGUGCAACUCGUGCAAAAUGUGGCAUCAAACACAAGAAUAUUAUAAGAUUGUCAAGUGCAAGUGUGAGUUUGUGUGGUGCUGUAAUGUUAAAUGCCAGAUGUGCCCAGAGAGAUAUUCUGUCACGACUUGUUCCAGCGGAUAAAACUGCGCUUGCACCGGACUGAAAUUUGGGCAGUACCCAGUACUGAACAUUCCCGUAUCAACAACAAAAGGGCCCAUCAACUGGAAAACUUCCGUGAAUUUUUCCUUUAAAAUCGCCGUUCUUCCUAAAUCAAAGAUACAGGUUUUCACGUCAUGUAAAAAGUUCUACGUUUUUUUUUACGCCAAACCAUUGGCCAAUAUAACAACCGUGUAAAUAAUAAUGUCACGGUCCAUGUAUAUGGUGGUAUGUUACGCACUUACCCCGAAUCCUGUGGAUAAAACGAUCUCCUAAUUAUUGUCUCGGUUUCGCGAGGAAAGUAGACUUCGAAAAGUCUUCGAUAAGGAGAGAUUACUCUGAUUGGAACGAUUUGAAAAUAUAGCUAAUAUCAAACACAAAAUUUUGUGAGACGCUUAUUACAGUAGGUUUAGCGAUUAAACGAGCCUACACAUGAAUUCUAGACAAAAGUUCACUUUUUUCGUUUUUAAUCAAUGUGUACAUGUUGUUUCUUUGAUCAACGUGUUACCGAUGUUAUUGCACAUUAUUUAAACCAAUGUAAGAUAGUUCAGUAUGUUAUAUGCACUUUAGGGUGUUUAAACAUAAACAAAUAAACAUUGAAAUUAGGUCAGAAAACCCCGGAUCUGUGUCUGGUAUUACUGAAAUAGUUUCACAAUCUGGAUCAACCGGAAUCGACAUUGUCGUUGAUUAUCACAUCUCGCGAGAGCUGGUUAGCCAGCUAAACUAUAUACAGAAACUCAAAGAGAAGCUGAAAUAGGAUUUUUUCAAUAAAAAUAUUCUUAAUUACUCCUUAGACUUUAGAGAUCUUCUGUAUUAAAUAAAGGAUAUUGGUCAUCCA